AUGCUAUCGUCCCCUGGAAAUGCCUAUCUGAAUGGCCAAUUCCGUGAUCCCUAUAAUAAUCCUCCUUUCGACACACAUGAUUUCUACCAAGCUAUGAAGACGAAUUGUUCCGAGCAAUACAAGAGCGUCAUGGCAAAUCCUCGUGUCGGUGGCUACUUCCUCGUUAGCUGUUUGAUCGAAAACAUUCCAGAAGGGGUAAAACUCCAAAUGUCAAUCGUCUCGAUCAUCUUGGGUCUAUUACCCAUGGCAUUACAAUUUGUCGGACCAAAGGUGGCCGAUGUGUCGAUCCUAGCAACGCAUCGUCCAGUUCUCACGCUAUUGGUGUGCAUCGGAGCGCCAACGGUAACUCUCAGCCACGAAAGUACGGGAUUGGAACCAUCCGCGACCGAGACCGACGAUUUUGACGGACUAUGGCCACAGAGCCCCGAAAAAACGACCGGGUAG